AUGCAUUUUGAUAAAGCAAUUGAUACAAAUACGAAUGAAGCAAGAAAGCCGGAAAUAAUUACUUUAUAUAAUGCCACCAAAGGCGCCGUCGAUAACAUGGAUCGCAUGACGGAAAAUUAUACAGUAGCUAGGAAAAGUUUCCGAUGGCCAUUGACAGUAUUUUAUUCUAUGCUAAACAUCGGAGGUGUCAAUGCUCAAAUAAUAUAUCAAGAAAACUGCCCACAUAACAAAAAGACACGUCUUGAUUUUUUGAAAUGUUUAUCUAGAGAAUUGAUGAAGGAGCAUAUGGAAUAUCGCUGCACUAUCAUAUCAUUACCAAAGGAAAUAAAAAAUAAAAUUGUAAAAUAUGGAUUUCGUGUAAAUGCUACAGAGGAAAUUCAACGAUUUCGACAAUCAGGGAGAUGUUCUUUUUGUGACAGAAAUAAGGAUCGAAAGACAACAAAAGUAUGCACAAAUUGUGCAAGACUUAUUUGCCGUGAUCAUCUCAUAGAAAUGUGUCCAAGCUGCUGUGAAGAAAUGUAA